AUGUCUCUUCGCACCUGCCUCAACACUGCAGUGCGCGGAACCGCCCUUGCGCGCACUCCCGUUGGUGCCCGCCCGGCUGCUCGUGCUACCCCGGUCGUCCGCCAGCGCCUUGGUCAGCCGUCGUUCCGCCGGUUCGUGAGCGACGACGGCUCGAACAAGGCCGCGAGCGCUGCCCGUGACCGUGCUGCUGUUGGCACUUCUACAUGGAAGGCCGCUAGCGUCUUCCUCAUCACGGGUGUUGGACUGUACUACUACAUGACCACUGAGAAGGCCAAGGUGGAGGAGCGUCGUCGCAAGGAGCUCGAGAACAAGUCGGUCGGCCGCCCGAACAUUGGUGGCCCCUUUGACCUCGUUGACCAGCACGGCAAGCCGUUCACCCACGAGGACCUCCUCGGCACCUGGAACCUGAUUUACUUUGGCUUCACCAACUGCCCCGACAUUUGUCCCGAGGAGCUGGACAAGAUGGCCAUUGUCGUCGACCAGAUCGACAAGGAGAAGGGUCCCAUCAUUACUCCCGUCUUUGUCUCUGUCGACCCUGCGCGUGACAACGUCGCCGCCGUCAAGAGCUACGUUGACGAGUUCCACCCCCGCCUCAUCGGCCUGACUGGCGAAUAUGACAACGUCAAGCGCGCGUGCAAGUCGUACCGCGUCUACUUCUCCACCCCUCCCGAUGCCAAGGCCAGCGACGACUACCUCGUCGACCACAGCAUCUUCUUCUACCUCAUGGACCCCCUGGGCCAGUUUGUCGACGCCUUUGGCAAGAACACCACGUCCGACGAGGUGACCGCCAAGGUCCGCGAGGCAGUGGGCAAGUGGGAGGCUGCUGGCGGCAACAAGGCCGCUGGCGUGCCCGAGAAGAACUAG